UAACUGUUACAUAUGAAUUACUAUUUUAAUUUUGAAAAAAUUCUGUGGUAAAAUAGUACCAGGACAUUCUAUAAAAUAUAUAUAUUAAAAUGUCCAUAUCAUACAUUCCCAGGGUAACACAGUUAGAUUCUGUGCAAUUGGAUGAGCAAGUUGAAGACUUGUUCAAACAACUCUUAUUUAACGCUACCAAAUUUCUAGAGCCUGGAAUCCUUCAGCCAAUUUUACCAGAGCUUGAACUUUUAUUACGAACAUGGAUAUUCAAGUACUCAUUAUGCAACAAGAAAUGUACUUUUGGCCAGGAAAUGUUAUCCUUGAAAUAUGACACCACAAACCUUUCAAAAAGCAAAUUGUAUUGGUAUUAUGGUUAUACAAUAGGUUUGAGAUAUUUAAAAGACAGAGCUUUGUAUAGCUUAACAUCAAACAUAAAAGUACAAAGCUUUUGUACCAAAUUAGAAACAUUUCAAUUAAUAGGAGAUAUAUUUAACUUCCUAAGGUUUAUACAAACUGGCAAGUAUCCAGUUUUAAUAGAUUUCAUACUUGGACUUGAACUUACAGCGGACAAACUAGCAAGGGAAGAUUUGACAGAUCUUUCCUGGACCCGUGAACUGUUAUGGCAUAAUCUUAUUGAAUUAAUAGGAACAGUUGUUUCUCUGGUGAAUUUGUUUGGGUUAAAAAGAAAACUGAGCAAUACUUUGAAAUAUGUUUGGUGGCGGAAACAUGUCCGGUCUAUUGGAGGAGAGAAAUCACCAACUAUGACAAUCAAUACCACUUGUGCAUGUUGCUCAAACAAACCGGUACUACCACAUGUGAUGGGCUGUUCACAUAUAUUUUGUUUUUAUUGCUUAUCGGCAAAUAAAGCUGCCGAUCCUGAAUUUGAAUGUCCAAAAUGUUAUUUUAAUGGAAAUGUUAUUACUAAAUUUAGUAUAACAUAAUCAGUAAGAUAUGAAUGGUUUAAACUAGUGCUGUAACGGAGGCCAUUUUAGCGCUAGCGCAUGCGGAUGUGGAAGUUUAACGAAAGGGGAGGCGGAUGUUCAAAAAUUUAUUAAAUCAUUAUUUAUUUAAGAAGUUCGUGGGAAAUUUAAAAAUAUA